AUGAUUAAAAUAAUUAUUAUUAAAAACUCAAUAAAAUCUUAAUAAUUCGAUCACUAAACUUAAAAGAUUUAAAAAAAAUCAGUUUAAAUAGUCUUUUAAAAUUAUGAGAGCAAUAUUUAUUUCGAAGUGAUUUUUUAUGGAUGUGGUUUAAAUGAAGAAAAUAUCAAUUCAAAAAGACUUGAUGAUUGUAAAUUAGGAUUAGCAUAAUAAAAAUAUAUUAAAUUAUUAGGAGCUAAUGAUAAAUAAAUUGAAAUCAUUUGCUCUUAAUUUCUAAAAUAAACAAGAAUUUUAUUUGAAUUAAAAAUAUUUUAUUGUAGAUAACGCUGA